UACAGAAUUUAGACUAACCUCAAAACAACUCUGCAAAGUUUCUUGAAAAAUUGCUCUUUUUUCAAUGGAAUACAAAUUUUCUUUCAUCCCAGUCUUCUUGACCUUCUUCCUUUUUAUGGUUAUGGUAUUCAGAAUAUGGAAGAAAUCAAAAAUAAGCAACUCAAUCCCAAAUCUUCCACCAGGGCCGUGGAAGCUACCUAUAAUAGGAAGCAUGCACCAUUUAGCCGGGUCUCUACCCCAUCGCCGCCUUCGAGACUUGGCCAACAAGUAUGGACCUCUUAUGCAUCUUCAGAUGGGCGAGCUUAGUAACAUCGUCGUUUCUUCGCCCGAAAUGGCUAAAGAAGUGAUGAAAACCUAUGAUAUCAUCUUUGCUCAAAGGCCUUAUAUGGUUGCUUCCAGCAUUGCAUCUUAUAAUUUCAAAGACAUCGUGUUUGCACCAUACGGAGAUUAUUGGAGACAGAUGCGAAAAAUUUGCACCCUCGAACUAUUAACAGCAAAACGCGUGCUGUCGUUUAGAUCAAUCAGGGAAGAAGAAGUAUCGAAACUUAUAAAAUCAUUGCAUUCAGUUCCAGCAGGAACACCAAUCAACUUUAGCAAGUUGUUCAAUACCUUGACCUAUAACAUCAUCUCAAGAGCAGCAUUUGGUAAGGUAUGGAAGGGAGAAGAUAUUUUCAUACCAACUACCAGGAAACUGAUAGAUGCAUGUGGAGGUUUUUCUCUUGCCGAUGUGUAUCCUUCCAUCAAAUUACUCCUCUGGUUGAGCGGAAUGGUGCCUAAGAUUAAGAAACUUCAUCAACAAAUGGAUAGCAUUUGCCAAAACAUCAUUGAUGAUCAUAGAGCUGAAAGGGCAAAAGCAAAAUCACAUGCUUAUGAUGAAGAAGAUUUUGUAGAUGUCCUUCUCAACUGUCAGGAGCAAGGAGAGCUCGAUAUCCCUUUAACAGACGACAACAUAAAAGCAGUCCUUGUGGACACUUUUGCGGCCGGUAGUGAUACAUCAUCCACAACAGUCGAAUGGGUGAUGUCCGAGCUUCUAAAAAAUCCAAAAGCGAUGGAAAAGACACAAGAAGAGGUGAGGAGAGUCUUCGGUAGAGAAGGAAAAGUGGACGAAGCCCGUAUUCACGAACUCAACUACUUGAAGCUGGUAAUCAAAGAAACUCUAAGAUUGCACCCUCCUUCUCCAUUGUUACUUCCGAGAGAAUGUAGCAAGAACUGUGUGAUUAAUGGUUAUGAUGUUCAGGAGAAGUCCCAAAUAAUUGUGAAUGCAUGGGCCAUCGGAAGAGAUCCCAAUUAUUGGACCGAAGCUGAAAAAUUCUAUCCAGAGAGAUUCCAAAAUUGUUCCGUUGAUUAUAAGGGGACGAAUUUUGAACUUAUCCCAUUUGGUGCUGGAAGAAGGAUAUGUCCAGGGCUAUUGUUCGGCAUAGCUAAUGUCGAGCUUCCACUUGCGCAGUUACUAUAUCAUUUUGAUUGGAAGCUGCCCAAUGGACUGAAACCGGAAACUCUCGACAUGGAUGAAGCUUUCGGAGCUGCAGUGAAGAGGAAAAAUGAUCUCUAUUUACUUCCUAAGCCCUACAGUCUUCCAGUUGCCAAGUAAAACCUCAAGUAUGCUUAUAGCUUGAGUUGCCUUUAAGAAAAAAUGAUCCUUAGUACUGUACCUUUGUUUUUAUUUGCAUGUAUCAAAUAAUGAGUGUUUAUUAUUAAAGAUUAGUUAAAAUUUUAAGUA